AUGGAGGCCAGCCCUGAGCUCAAGCACAGACCCUCGCGCGUGUCCGAUUCUGACGAGAAAGCCGACGACUAUGUAGACGCUGACGUAGUUGACGAGGAGAAGGCGAACUCGGACUCGAUCUCGGAUGAUACGGAGUCUGUCAAGGUCAUUGAGAAGGCCGAGGAGGUGGCUAUCGAGAUCAUCAGCACUCAAGACGACCCUGACCUUCCCAUCUUGACGUUCCGAGCUGUAUUUCUCGGAAUCGGACUCAGUGCAUUUGGCGCAGUUCUGGGAACAAUUUACACUUUCAAACCGCAGAAUGCGACCGUCUCUCAAUUAUUCGGCUUGAUCAUUGCCUAUCUAUUGGGCACAGCCAUGCAUUCCGUUAUUCCUAGUCAUGGCUGGUGGAAGUACCUCAAUCCUGGCCCAUUCAACAUCAAGGAGCAUGUCGCUAUCACCAUCAUGGCUUCAACGGCUGCCAAUGUUGCCGUCGCGAUGGAAGUUAUUGCAGCUUUGGACUUGUUCUAUAACAUCAAGCUCAAUCCUGCCGUUGCGAUUUUCCAGGUGCGUUCAUUGCAUUUCAUGAUUGGUUAUGGUAUCGCUGGUUUACUGAGGUCUCUGCUCGUAUAUCCGACAUACGCAUUUUACCCAACAUAUGUGUCCGUUGUGACCUUACUGCAGAGUUUGCACUUCGGUGGUCUGCUCAACCACAAGAAGAGGCGGUACUUUUGGAUUGUGUUCACUGCGAUAUUCUUCUGGGAAUGGAUCCCUCAAUACCCAUUCCCCCUUCUCUCCGCCAUCUCGAUUAUCUGUCUGAUUGACAAUGGCCGCUCGACUUUCGUUCGCAACUUGUUCGGCGCCGGCUCUAGCAACGAAGGGAUUGGUCUUCUCUCCUUCAGUACAUCUUGGACACUGAUUACUCAGGGAACCCCAUUAGUGUGGCCAUGGCAGACCCAGGUCAACUCUUUCAUCGGCAUGGGCAUCAGCUACCUCGUCCUCACUCUCUGCUACUACAACAACGUCUUCAACGCUCGUGACCUCCGGUGGAUGUCGACAUCCCUCUUCGACUCCAACGGAGACUCGUACAACCAAACCGCAGUGCUCACGAACAACGUGCUCGAUCCGGAGAAGUUGGCAGUGUAUGGCCUGCCGCGGUAUACUGCGACGUAUGCGAUCGCGCUGAUUUGCUAUAAUUUGGCGCUUGGGGCGUCUGUUACGCAUGUUUUAGUGUGGCAUUGGCCGGAUUUGAAGAGAGCGUUUGGAGGGAUGAGGUUCUUGAAGAAUGGACAGGACAACAUUGAUGACCCGCACUAUGCUGUGAUGCGGAAGUAUAACGAGGUGCCACAGUGGUGGUAUAUCGCGCUCUAUGUGUGUUGUCUCGCACUCGGGAUUGGCUGCAGUUAUGGCGUGAAAGGAACGGUUUUGUUGCCUGCUUGGAGUAUCAUCGUGUUUAGUAUCAUCAGCGCUGUGCUGGCUGUCGUUCUCGGAUUCAUCAACGCUACGACUGGAUUCACCAUCAGUGUUCGAGGCGCGAUACAGAUUAUAGCUGCAUUCGUACACCCUGGAAAACCCAUCGAGGUCAUGUACGUCAACCUCUACGGUAAUUCGGCGACGCUCCAGACGUUGUACCUCCUCCAAGGCAAGCUCGAUAAAUCUGCGAGAAGGAAUCUCAAACUCGGGCAGUACACAAAGCUACCUCCUCGCUUUACCUUCCUUGCACAGAUGGCAGGCUCGAUCGUGGGAUCAAUCUUCAACUAUACCAUGAUGAAGUCCAUUGUCGACAGCAACCGUGAGGUGCUCAAGGACCCAGUCGGUACCCGUAUCUGGAGCGGUUGGAUCGUUCAGCAAUACAACUCCAACUCAGUGGCCAUGGGAGCCUUAGGCAGAGAGCUCUUUACCAUCCACAAACCAUACUGGAUGAUUGCCUUCUCCAUCUUCAUCGGCCUAUUCGUACCUCUGCCGUUCUAUGCAGUUCACCGUUUCACGCCUCAUGGAUCCUGGAUAUCCAAAGCAGCGGCGUACAUCAACACCCCUGUUCUCGUGUCCUAUAUCGGCUGGCUUCCGUUCAGUGUCAACGGUAUGUGGUGGUCUUGCCUGGUCAUCGGCUUCAUCUCGCAGAAGUGGGCACGUGAGCGCCGGCCGAAGUGGUUCAAGAAGUACAACUACAUCACCUCGGCGGCCCUCGACGGAGGCACUCAAGUCAUCCAGUUCAUCUUGAGUUUCGCAGUCUUUGGAGCCAGCGGAAACGCCAUAGACUUUCCUUACUGGUGGGGAAAUCCAGCGGACAAGUCGGUGGAUAGAUGUGCUGCUACAUGA